UCUCACGGCGGCGGGUGCAGACUUGAGUCAUCUGAAGGCUCAUAACUUUACCAAAUCGUAUAUAGCCUAUUUGCAAAUGAGCUCAAUGGCUACUCUAGUCAGUAGAAUAAGCACAAUAUAGAUAUAGUUGAAACAGGAAAAGAAAAAGAGGAACACAAAACAAUGUUUAACACAUAAGACGUAAUCGCUGUGAAGCUGUGAGAGUUACGCAUUAUAUGUGCGCACUGCUGGUGCCAGACGCGCGUUUCCAGCCCGCGCUGGUGAUGCGAUGCCCCGCAACCACAGCGGUGAUGAGGGCGGUACUGGUCUCUGGAUGAGAACCUCUCAGCAUUAUGGAAUGAAAGAUGUUGAAGCCGGUCGUGGGACGAUGAACAACGCGACCAAGACAGUCGACAGUUCGCUGUCGGCGCCCGGCACAACAGGUGCAGGAGGCUUGGAGAACCAGAGGAGUAAGCAGGGCGCCCGGCUCAGCCUGCUCGGCAAACCGCUCACCUACAGCGCGCAAAGCGGACGGAGAAACGCACGCUACAGGAAGCUCCAGAACUACCUCUACAAUGUCCUGGAGCGACCGCGUGCCUGGGCAUUUGUCUACCAUGCAUUUGUGUUCACCUUGGUGUUUGGCUGUCUGGUUAUGUCUGUGUUCUCCACCAUCCCUGCUCACAUGGAGCUCUCCAAUCACUGUCUCUUUAUACUGGAGUUUGUGAUGAUUGUUGUGUUUGGUCUGGAGUACAUCAUUCGCAUCUGGUCAGCCGGAUGCUGCUGUCGCUACAGGGGAUGGCAGGGACGACUGCGCUUCGCAAGAAAACCGUUCUGUGUCAUUGAUAUUAUUGUACUCAUUGCAUCCAUCGCUGUGGUUUCGGCUGGUAGCCAAGGCAAUAUAUUUGCCACGUCUGCACUUCGCAGUCUGCGUUUUUUACAGAUCCUGCGCAUGGUGCGCAUGGACAGGCGAGGCGGCACCUGGAAACUGCUGGGAUCUGUUGUCUACGCUCACAGCAAGGAGCUUGUGACCGCCUGGUACAUUGGCUUUCUGGUCCUGAUCUUUUCUUCAUUCCUCGUCUACUUGGUGGAGAAAGAAAUCAAUAAACAGUUUGCCACCUACGCUGAUGCUCUUUGGUGGGGUACGAUCACCCUUACCACCAUUGGAUAUGGGGAUAAGACUCCACAAACCUGGACAGGGAGGCUUCUUUCUGCAGGGUUUGCCUUGCUGGGCAUCUCCUUCUUUGCUUUGCCUGCUGGUAUUCUUGGCUCUGGUUUUGCUCUGAAGGUUCAAGAGCAGCAUAGACAGAAGCACUUUGAGAAGAGGAGAAACCCAGCGGCCAGCCUGAUACAGUGUGUGUGGCGUAGCUAUGCGGCUGAUGAGAACUCGGUUUCCAUUGCUACCUGGAAGCCUCAUUUGAAGGCGUUGCAUACCUGCAGCCCUGCAAAGAAAGACCAGGGAGAAACCAUCAGCAGUAAGGGUCAUAGUAAUAGACAGAGGCUCUUCAGGAGGUAUUCCACACGGAUAUAUAGCCAAAAGCUAAGUUUUCGGGAGCGUGUGCGCAUGGCCAGUCCUCGCGGUCAGAGCUUAAAGAGCAGGCAGAUGUCAGUGAAUGACCGCCGCUCUCCUGGUACAGAGGUGGGCGUGGAGGGCAGCAGCCCUGCCAAAGUCCAGAAGAGCUGGAGCUUUAAUGACCGAACUCGUUUUCGCCCAUCCCUCAGACUAAAGAGCCAAUCACGCACAACAACUGAAGCUGAUACCAGUCUUGGUGCAGAUGAUGCUUUCGAUGAGAAAGGAUGUCACUGCGAUGUGACUGUAGAAGAUCUGUCUGCUCCGCUUAAAGCAGUCAUCAGGGCCAUCAGGAUAAUGAAAUUCCACGUGGCCAAGAAGAAAUUUAAGGAGACUUUACGACCGUAUGAUGUGAAAGAUGUGAUUGAGCAAUACUCUGCUGGUCACCUGGAUAUGUUGUGUCGUAUCAAGAGUCUCCAGACUAGGUUGGACACUAUUGUUGGUCCACAUACCCUGAGCAGCAAAGCCAAGACCUAUUCUUCUCCCUCCCUGCCCUUGUAUUACAGCCAGGCCAAGAGAAAACAAUCUGCCUCAGGCCUAGCUACAGCCAUGGGUCCACAUCAGACACUGAGCACCAAAGCCAGGAACCUUUCCUCUCCCUCUCUACACUUGUAUUACAGCCAAAGCAAGAAGAAGAACUCUGGGGUGGAUCAGAUACUGGGAAAGGGCCAGAUAUCUGUAGAUAGGAAAGGCAGAGAGAAAAUCCUUCCAGAAGGCGAAUCUCUGGAGCAUGACAUGAGCAUGCUAGGCCGUGUCUGCAAAGUAGAGAGACAAGUGCAAUCUAUUGAGUCAAAGCUCGACUCAUUGCUGGAUAUAUACCGACAGGUGUUGCAGAAAGGAUCCUCUUCAAUGCUAGGGCUGUCUGCCUUACCGCUCUUUGAGCUGGAUCAAACCUCUGACUACCAAAGCUCUAUCCAUAGUAAAGACUUAUCCUCCUCUUCUCAACUGGCUGCUAACGGUGUAUCUCGCUCUGGCAGCAGUAACCUGCACCGUGGCCUGCAUCUUGCCCUAGCCCCCAAUGAACUUAAUAUGGGUACUGGCUACACACCUUCGAUCUCCUCCUUUUCACCUUCUCCUCUUCUGAACAAUCAGCCUUCCAGCCCUGACUGUUUUUACCCAGCUUCCCCACCUCCUAUCCUCACCCCCAACAACCUUUCCAGAAGCCAACAGCGCUUCACCGAACUGACCAGGCCUGUACCAACCGUCCAUUCCAACUCAACAACCCUUCAGCUCCCCCCUAUGGUGCGAGCGUCUCAAUGUCGGCCUACUAGCCUUAUCCCAGAAACGUUACAGGAGAGCAGGGCAGAGUGCUCAAACCCGUGCCUGCUGAGUCCCGAAACCGAGGUGCAAAUGGACACAAAAGCCGAAAAUAUCGAAAGCACGGUACAGCUGAGAGACAAGCCAGAGCGCAGCUCCAAGGAAGAGGGGUCCUGGAGGAGACAUUUAAGCAUCGAUAUCGAUCCUUUGGGACUCAUGUCUUCCACAGCAAGUGCUUCGCUAGAAGUGGAGCGUGGGCUUGGUAAGUCUCUCUCUGCUCAGAACCUUAUGCUACCAUCUGCAGCGGACUGCCAUCCCAGCCUGUCCACUCGGAGUAGCGGAAGCAGCAACAAUGAGUCCAGCGACCGGGAGCCGCUGGCCGACUGGGGGGAUACAGAGCUAUUCCUCAAUGAUAAAGAGCUGGAGACCAUGGAGGGUGAGCACUACCUCCUGCACCACCAAUAAAGUACCGACACAACCUUCUCUUCUGAGCUGCUACGGACAGGAGCCAGUGGGCCAUUUCCCACCCAGUCAGAGAUAGCCCAGAGUCCAAUAACUUGCCUCACAUAUGCUUAAAAUAAGCCCGGAGGCACUUCACUGUGGAGAAUGGACACAACCUCAUGUCCCCUGUGUGCUUUUUUCCAAAGGAAAUGGAGUGUCCAAUACACUCUACAUCUUUUUUAAAUUUCACAAAAAAUGACACGUUAUGUUUGUACGUACAUAUCAAUGCAUGGGCAAUUUGGGAAAAUAAAGAGAAUUUCUAUCAGUGGAAAACUAAGGGGGAAGAAGCAUUUAAAGUUAUGGUACUAUGAGCGCUAUUUUCAGACUUGCAUGGGAACGGCAUGUUUAAAAUCCAACAGCAAAUAGGUUUGAAAGUGUGUAUGCACCUAUAGUAAUAAGCUCUUGGUCAGCAUCAUUUUUUUACUUCUGAAUGUUUUGCAGUUCACUCAUUUGCAUCUGUUAAGAUUUUGGAAAGAAUAACAGAAAACCAGAUGUUCUUUUCCAAAACAUGUUAGGCCGUGAUACUAUGCAAACCUCAGCGGAUCACCAGGGUUUGCAAGAAAAACUUCAGAUAAAUAACCCAGACCAAAUGCAUCUUCACACUGUAGCCUACAAAGAGUUCAUGUUUUCCUAAUUUAACUAUAAGCUCAAAUAUGUAAGAGUUUAGUAACUGAAAACAGCUGAUUAGAAACAAUUUGGCUUAGAGAAGAACACAGAUUUCAGAGUUUCCGAAUUACAAAAUUGUGGCUGCUAUAGACGGUUUCAUCGGACGCACGUGUGGUGACGCGAUUACAAGUAUAAGAGGAACUUUACUUCCGGUCUCUGUUUGUUUAAAGGCCUGACUAGUUGCUAAACUGAACUCUUGAACAAAUACCUCGUCGAAAUAAUAACAAAUUGGUUUCCUAAAGAUGAGGGAAGAUGGCGAUCAUUUACUGCUAUUUAAAGGGAGGUUUGGCAGACGAUCUGGAGUUAAGAUUGUAUACAUAGUACACAUUUAGCUAAGUGUCAUUUUUGAUACAGUACGCUUUAGCUAUGAUUUGAACUAAGAUAAUCUACUUGUUGUUUAUUUAGCUUGUUAUCAGAAAUAAAAUACUCCAAAAGGAUUUGUUGUUGUUGCGGAGUUUACCGGAAGUUACGUUUGUUCCACGAAAGCCAUUUGUUUAUGUUAUUGCUGAAACCGUCUAUAAAGUAAAAUAUGAGAAAUAAAUCAAAUCCCUUUUAUUAAGACAAUGAAUCAACACUUGCAAUAUCAUAACUUGCCAUUUUAAUUCUUGAAAAUUUAGUUUUUUAUGCUUUUUAUUUGCUUUGCUACCUGCAUUGAUUUUAUAAGCAAUUAUUUUGCUGUCUCAAAUUUAAAGUCACACGGAAGUGUUUCUAUCAGAAUUGCAGCAAUAUCUAAUUUGUGUUUUAAUUUUAUAUUUGUAUUAUCUGUAGCAAUCAUAGCUAAACGUCUUAUACCUAAACCUCAGCCUUGUAACCUCUGCUUUACGUUUUUAAUUCCAUGCUUUGGAACGGUACAAUAAGUGCUUUAGCUAAAAUGCUGUCUGUAAAACUUAGAAUGUAACUUGUAUAUUGUUAUGUGUAUGUAGAAUGAUAACCACGAUUAGCUGUGUUUGUUUUGUUUUUGUUAAAAGCAUCUAAGGUGUACGUACGUUAAGGAUGUUUUCGGCACUGUACAACUGAAAGCACAACUGUUCAGAUGUGUUGAGGAAACCUGCAAAUGUGAUGUAUUGUUUUAACAUGAAUAUGCUUUAAAUAUGAUUUUUAAUCCAGACAUGGAUGAGAUGCUUAUAAUGUUUUAGAGUCAAGGCAAAUAAUAUAGGCAUUUGAAAAAAAACUGAGAAAAGAGCUGUGGAACUAAUUCAUGCUUGAAUUGCAGAUAAAGGUUGUAUAGAAAUUGUUGUCUUUUUAACACUUUAUAAUUAAUAUUAUAAUUGUUAUUAUUACUUUUCUGAACGUUUUCUUUUAUUUGUAAUUGAAUGUUUUACGGUGCCUUUUUGCAUUUUAUUAAACAUUCAUGAGACUUCUGUAUUCAUAACACCACUCUUAUCUUGAACUCUUAUUGAUACUGCAUUUAUGUUUCGAUUAUUGCACAUUCUCUGUUUGGCUGUGAACUUAAAGCGUCUGUCGGUUAAAGCAACAUUUCUUUAUUUUACCCAUAGAUCAAAUUAUUUAUUACACAGAAACUGGCCUUAAUAUACAGUUCAUGCCUGAUAACGUUCUCUGUCAUUCAGAAUAAUUUAUUUCAUCAUUGUGCACAUUACAGAGUUGAUGCUCUGGGAUUGAAAAAUGCAAAAUGAAAAUGUAUGAUCAUCAUUAAAUAAAUUAAAGACUUGAAACUUA